ACACUCCCCACCUGUCCCCAGGGUCUCUGCAAGUGUGGAGCUGCGGACCCCCAGGUACCCGUACAGCCUCGGAGACACUGAGUGCCUCAGGGCAACCUCACACCCCAGGAAUGGGCUGGAGGCCCUCCCUCACCUUGGGGGGAAGGGAUGGCCCCGGGGAGGGCUGGGGACACCGGGAGGGCAGGGCCACAAGAUGUCCCUGAAUGUUAUCAGACCAUCGUCUCACCCGCAGCAGGGGCUCAGCCCUCCGGCAGGACAGGGCAGGGCAUAAAGGGCUGUGUAUCCCCCAGCCCUGCACACCGGCGGCCAUCAGGAAGGAACGUGGGCUGGGCAGCAUGGGACGGCUGCUCCGUGCCAGGAUCUGCUUCCUCCUUGUUUUCCUCACCCCGCUCACUGCCACUGCGACCUCAGGUGAGAGCUCAAUGCGGGACACGGUGGGGUGGGAGCUCUGAGGCUGCUCUGGGGCCCUGCACAUUCCCAGCUCUGCUCGCACAUCCAGACGCCGAGAAGACCCCACACUACUGGAAUGAGGGGGCCAGGAGGAGGCUGGAAGCAGCCCUCGCCUUGCAGCCAGCAGCGCAGCGAGCCAAAAACAUCAUCCUCUUCGUGGGUGAUGGCAUGGGGCUGCCCACGGUGUCAGCAGCCCGGAUCUACAAGGGGCAGCUGGCCGGUGGUUCGGGUGAAGAGAGCAUCUUGGCCAUGGAGACGUUUCCCCACGUGGCCCUGGCCAAGACCUACACCAUCGACCGGCAGGUGCCUGACAGCGCCGGCACAGGCACAGCCUACCUGUGUGGGGUGAAGGCCAACUCCAAGACAGUGGGGCUGAGUGGGGCGGCCGUCUAUGGCAAAUGCCGCACGGCAUUUGGCAAUGAAGUGGACUCCGUCCUGCACCGGGCCCGGCUGGCAGGUAAGUCAGUGGGCAUCGUGACCACCACGCGGGUGCAACACGCGUCCCCUGCUGCUGCCUAUGCGCACUCGGCCAGCCGUAGCUGGUACGCCGAUGCCAACAUGCCUCGGGAGACCCUGCGGGAUGGCUGCAAGGACAUCGCCCACCAGCUGGUGCACAACACUGACAUCAACGUGAUCCUGGGCGGCGGGAGGACCUACAUGUCCCCCAGGUGGACCCCGGACCCUGAGUACCCGGAGGACCCGGCGCAGAACGGCACCAGGAGGGACGGACGGGACCUGGUGGCCGAAUGGCUCAGCACCAGGGAGGGUGCGCGCUACGUCUGGGACAAGAAGGGCCUGGAUGCGGUUGAUGACACCUCUGUGAGCCACCUCAUGGGCCUCUUUGAGCCCAAGGACAUGAGGUAUGAGCUGAACCGCAACGCCACCACAGACCCCUCCAUCGUGGAAAUGACGGAGAAAGCCAUCCGCAUCCUGCGCAGGAACCCCAACGGCUUCUUCCUCUUUGUGGAAGGUGGAAGGAUCGACCACGGGCACCACAGCGGCCGGGCCAAGCAGGCGCUGAUGGAGGCCGUCAUGCUGGACCGGGCAGUGGCGCGGGCAGGAGAGCUGACGGAGCCCUCUGACACUCUGACCGUGGUGACGGCCGACCACUCACAUGUCUUCACCUUCGGGGGCAACACACUGCGAGGAGCCUCCAUCUUCGGGCUGGCCCCUAAGAAAGCGAAGGACAAGCGAGCCUACACCAGCAUCCUCUACGGCAAUGGUCCGGGAUACAGCAUCCGUGAUGGGGGCCGCCCAGCAGCCAGCCUCCCAGCUAGGACAAGGACUACAGGCAGCAGGCGGCCGUCCCCCUUGACUUGGAGACCCACAGUGGGGAGGAUGUGGUGGUGCUGGCCCAGGGCCCCAUGGCCCACCUCUUCCAUGGGGUGCAGGAGCAGCACUAUGUUGCCCAUGCCAUUGCUUAUGCCGCGUGCCUCAAGCCUUAUGAUGCCAGACCCCGCUGUGGUGGACACCGUAGGGCCUCUGGCAGCACCCAGCACUCCCCACGGCCCCCACUCGCUCUCCUGGCCCUCUGCAUGGCUGCCUUCAUGGUGGUGGGCUGAGAGACCCUACCAAGCCCUCCUCUAGCCCUCUGUUGUGGGCAGGAUCACAGGAUGCAAUAAAACAUGGGAUGUUUGGCUUCAUGCUCCAUGA